AUGCGCCGCCUGUCCCUCCUCCUCCUGGCCGCGGCCGCCCUCCUCGCCGCCGCGGUGGCAGGAGUGCGCGCCGGGCCGGAAAUGCCCCAAGCGGCGUCGGUGGCAGGAAUGGGCGCCGGGCCGGGAGUGCCCCAAGCGGCGGCGGGGGCCCCGGCGGCCAAGCUGUCGCCCGAUUUCUACAGCCAGACGUGCCCACGGGCGGAGCGGAUCAUCGCGGAGGUGGUCCAGUCGAAGCAGAUGGCGAACCCGACCACCGCCGCGGGCAUGCUUCGCGUCUUCUUCCACGACUGCUUCGUGACCGGCUGCGACGCCUCCGUGCUGAUCGCGCCCACCCGCUUCGCCAAAUCCGAGAAGGACGCCGAGAUCAACCACUCCCUCCCCGGCGACGCCUUCGACGCCGUGGUGCGCUCCAAGUUGGCCCUGGAGCUGGAGUGCCCCGGCGUGGUUUCCUGCGCCGACGUCCUGGCCCUGGCGUCCAGGGUGCUGGUCACCAUGACCGGAGGCCCCAGGUACCCGGUCCCGCUGGGCCGCAAGGACUCGCUCUCCUCCAGCCCCACCGCCCCCGACGUGGAGCUCCCGCACUCCAACUUCACCGUCGGGCGCAUCCUCGAGCUCUUCCUGGCCAAGGGGUUCACGGUGCAGGAGAUGGUGGCGCUCUCCGGCGCGCACACGCUGGGCUUCUCCCACUGCCAGGAGUUCGCGUCCAGGAUCUACAACUACCGCGACAAGACCGGCAAGCCGGCGCCGUUCGACCCGACCAUGAACCCGGGCUACGCCAAGGGGCUCCAGGCCGCCUGCAAGGAGUACCUCAAGGACCCCACCAUCGCCGCCUUCAACGACGUCAUGACCCCCGGCAAGUUCGACAACAUGUACUACGUGAACAUUGAGCGCGGCCUGGGCCUGCUGAGCACCGACGAGGACAUGUGGUCGGACCUGCGCACCAGGCCCCUCGUGGAGCGCUACGCCGCCAACAACACCGCCUUCUUCGACGACUUCGCCCGCGCCAUGGAGAAGCUCAGCAUGUACGGCGUCAAGACCGGCGCCGAUGGCGAGAUCAGGCGGCGCUGCGACGCCUACAACGACGGGCCCAACACCCUGUGA